AUGCCAUCAUACGUCGUGACCGGAGCUAGUCGAGGGAUUGGAUGUGGCUUCAUCCAGUAUCUCUCUCGGGAUUCAGAGAAUGUUGUAGUUGGCCUAGUCCGAGACAAGGUCGCGAUAGACCGAAGGAUUCAAGAGGAUAGCUUGACAAAUGUUACAAUCCUCCAAGCCGAUAUUACCGACCGUUGUGCUCUAAUCGUUGCUCGAGAUGUUGUCGAAUCCCUGACGGGCGGCUCGCUCGACUACCUGAUCAACAAUGCAGCGUAUGUGUCCCACCUUACGACAGGGAAAUUUCUCAAUGAGUUCGAAAGCGACCCGACACUGCUAGUCGAUGACAUAAAGACAGCGUUCACCACGAACGUCGUCGGAGUCAUCAACACCAUCAAUGUCUUCUUACCCUUGAUCCAAAAGAGCCAUAUCAAGAAAGUAGUGACGUUGAGUUCUGGAAUGGGGGAUCUUGACUUUGUCAAUGAGCUUGGUAUCUGGGAAUCAGCACCAUACAGCAUGAGCAAAGCGGCCGUCAACAUUGCGGCUGCCAAGCAUAGUGCUCGAUAUCAGGAAGAUGGAAUCCUGUUCAUUGCCAUUUCUCCCGGGGUGGUUGAUACAGCGGCAGCUGCAGCGCCUGGGAUAGAAGGGCUCGUUCGGAAGUUUUUGAAAGCGGCACCUAACUUCCCGGGUCCAAUGACACACCUUGAGUCUGUCGAACAAAUUUUAAGCGUGGUGAACUCAAAAAGGGUCGAAAAUGGUGAUGGAGGAGCUUUUAUAUCCCACCGCGGGGACAAGACAUGGUUCUAA